GGGACCGCGGGAGCCUGAGCGGAUCCUGCGCCGUUGCCGCGGCACCGUGCCCAGCCGUCCCCGCCGCCGCCAUGGGCAUCAAAUUUUUAGAAGUUAUCAAACCGUUCUGUGCAGUUCUACCAGAAAUUCAGAAACCUGAAAGGAAAAUCCAGUUCCGGGAGAAGGUGCUCUGGACCGCCAUCACACUCUUCAUCUUCUUAGUAUGUUGUCAGAUACCACUGUUCGGGAUCAUGUCGUCCGAUUCUGCCGACCCUUUUUACUGGAUGAGAGUCAUUCUGGCCUCCAACAGAGGGACCCUCAUGGAGCUGGGCAUCUCCCCGAUUGUAACGUCUGGUUUGAUUAUGCAGUUGUUAGCCGGAGCCAAAAUCAUUGAGGUUGGGGACACCCCCAAAGACAGAGCCCUGUUCAACGGCGCCCAGAAAUUGUUCGGCAUGAUCAUCACCAUCGGGCAGGCCAUUGUGUAUGUCAUGACGGGCAUGUACGGGGACCCCGCCGAGAUGGGCGCCGGCAUCUGCCUCCUCAUCAUCAUCCAGUUGUUUGUUGCUGGUUUGAUUGUGCUGCUGUUAGAUGAGCUGCUCCAGAAGGGUUACGGCUUGGGGUCUGGUAUUUCCCUCUUUAUUGCCACCAACAUCUGUGAGACCAUUGUCUGGAAGGCCUUUAGUCCCACUACUAUUAACACUGGCAGAGGCACCGAGUUUGAGGGCGCCGUCAUUGCCCUCUUCCACUUGCUGGCCACCAGGACAGACAAGGUCCGUGCCCUGCGGGAGGCUUUCUACCGGCAGAACCUACCCAACCUCAUGAACCUCAUCGCCACCGUGUUCGUGUUUGCCGUCGUCAUCUAUUUCCAGGGCUUCCGCGUUGACCUGCCCAUCAAGUCGGCUCGCUACAGAGGCCAGUACAGCAGCUACCCCAUCAAGCUCUUCUACACCUCCAACAUUCCCAUCAUUCUGCAGUCCGCCCUCGUGUCCAACCUCUACGUCAUCUCCCAGAUGCUCUCUGUUCGCUUCAGCGGCAACUUCUUAGUCAACUUAUUAGGACAGUGGGCCGAUGUGAGUGGAGGGGGCCCAGCUCGCUCGUAUCCCGUGGGGGGGCUGUGCUACUAUCUUUCCCCGCCUGAGUCCAUGGGCGCCAUCUUUGAGGACCCAGUGCACGUGGCCGUGUACAUCAUCUUCAUGCUGGGCUCCUGCGCCUUCUUCUCCAAGACAUGGAUUGAGGUGUCCGGGUCCUCGGCCAAAGAUGUAGCCAAGCAGCUGAAGGAGCAGCAAAUGGUGAUGCGGGGCCACAGAGACACUUCGAUGGUCCAUGAGCUAAACAGGUACAUUCCCACGGCGGCGGCCUUCGGCGGCCUGUGCAUCGGUGCCCUGUCAGUGCUGGCCGACUUCCUGGGCGCCAUCGGCUCAGGCACGGGCAUCCUGCUCGCAGUCACCAUCAUCUACCAGUAUUUUGAGAUCUUUGUAAAGGAGCAGGCUGAAGUCGGCGGGAUGGGCGCCUUGUUCUUCUGAACGUUCUGUGCUUCAUUGUGUGUGUGAAAGGGAAGAUAUUUUGACACAUUUGUUUUUGUCCAACAGUGCUGGCAUCCUUCUCUCCCCGCAGUGUCUGGCAAUGCUGAGGUGGGCCCUGAGCACUAAGCACCAAGUCUGCACUGGGCUGCCUCAAACUCGCCAUCACAGUGGCGAAUGUUCCAUGGGCAAGGGACACAGAGCCAGUGUUUCUGCCCUGCCAUGAGCCUGUCAUCCGUGUUCCCACCCUGCCAUGGGCCAGUGACAGGAGCCAUGUCCUCACCCUGCCAUGACCCUGUGACAAGAGCCCUGUUCCCAACUGGGUGAGAUGGUGAUGCAGGUCCAACUUCCAAAGUUCAGUGCACUCAGCACCACCCAACUUGUUCAAAACUUGUUCCAGUCUCUCCCCAGUAUUUCUGAGCUUAUUUAAUGAGUCCUGGAACAUUUAUAUCUAAUCUAUAUUUUAGAUAUAACUUUUAUACUUUUUUAACUCAUAGUAUCCACAAUCUCCCCCUUUGAUUUGUCCCUUCUCAAAGUAGCCACGUAGCCACCUGGGUCUGACCAUGGUUCAGUCCUGCGGGGCCUCUGGCCAGCACUGGAACCGUCCGUUUCUCUGCCUUCUCCUGCCGGGCCAUGGAGCCAUGGACCUUGGGACUGCUCUCUGGUUUUAGCAGUUUCAGUGGCCCCUCGAGAAUGCCCUUCACACACUCUGCCCUGAUUCUUUUUUUCUUAACUCUGAAGCCAAGUUGAUUCUCAAGCAAUGUCUGUAGUUCAGAGAGGGUGGACCAUGAGCAACUGAUACAGGAAUUUGGUUUCUGCUGUAUUUUACAGCAGCAACAUAAACACAAACAAUAGACAAUAAAAUUUGAUUUAAUACAGCCA